AUGAAAGUUAAUAUUGUGGUAUCUACCCUUAUGGGAGUCAGUGUGAUUCUAAAUGCUGCUAUUGCUCUUGUUGGGCCCUUCUUCCCUCCAGAAGCAGAGAAGAAGGGAGUAGACCUUAAGACAGUCGGGUAUAUCUUCAGUGCAUACCCUUCAGCAUUCGUUAUUGUCUCUUUGGUGAUGCCUACUGUGCUCCAUUUCAUCAAUCAGAGAGCUGUUUUCAUUAUUAGUGCAGUUAUUUAUGCAGCUUCUGUCGCAGGAUUCGGAUCAAUUAUUUUUAUGGAUAAGAACCUCAUGGUCUAUCUCGGACUCUCAUUUCGUAUUUUGCAAGGAUCCAGUAACGCUGCCUUGUACACUACGACUUACUCAAUCUUUUCCACCCAGUAUGAGGGCGGAGACUUCAUGAAGAUCAACUCUGUGUUCAAGGGAACAAUCGGAGGUGGACUCUUAAUCGGUUUACUUGUUGGAACUGUCUUGUACAUUAUUGGAGGGUACUUUCUGCCAUUUUUGGUAUACAGUGUGAUUAUGCUGCUAUGUAUCCCCUUUGUGGCAAGAAUAAUCCCAGCCAAGCCAAUGGAACAAGAAUCCAAUACCAAGAAUGAGAGAAACAUUGAUGGAGACAUCGAACUAGGUGAAUCCAACCAUUCAUCUGGAAUUCAAACCCUCGGUAUGAAAUCCGAGACAGGUUCAAAAUUUAAAAUUGUCAACAACUCAAGAAUCAACCCAUUCAAACUUGUGUGGAGACUUCUAUCGAAUAAGAUAAUCCUCAAAUGCCUCAUCCUGUCAGUAGUAGACAUGGUUCUGCUUAACUUUGCUCCUGCAAUCUUGUCUAAGAGACUUUCUGAGUUAAACGUGGACAAAAAGCUGUAUGGCCUUUUCUUCGCUCUUCCAUUCAUUUUCCCAGUAGUAUCAGCUUUGAUCGUUGUGAAAGUGAUGGAGAAGAUAGAUUCACAGAUCCUUUUGUGAAUCGGAAAGCUUCUAAUGGGAGUGGCUUUCCUACUAAUUGGUCCUUCAUACUAUUGGGGAUUCCAAGAGAACAUCUGGGUGAUGCUUGCAGGAAUCUCACUACUUGGAUUUUCAGCUUCGUUCGCUGUUAUCCCUCUGAUGCCGAUGAUCAUGACCGAAAUUAAGGAAAAGUUUGUUAAGAAUACACAGAACUAUAUCAACACAGCCUCAAGUUUGUAUAACUCAGCCUUUGGGCUUGGAAGUAUUAUCGGACCUCUCCUCGGAGCCCAUCUGAACUCAUACUUCGGGUUUAGAGUUUGAACCGAUAUCCUUAGCAAUUUCUCAGUUUUCCUUCUGAUCAUAUUGAUCGUCACAGGAAACUUCUGGAAAAUACUAGGAUACGUCAGGAAGCUAUUUGCAAAGAAGUCUGAAGAAGACCAAGGGAGACUUUCAGUAGGAAGCACAGCCAGCAUUCAGCCAGAGACCGUAGAGACUCCAUUUUAAUGGAGC